UGCUAACAACUAAGCUGUGUGCCCGGCAUAUAAUGAUCCAAUGUUCCCAUCGCUGCCACUGAAACACUACAAAUCCCAGGAUCCUCUUGGGUAACCGUGAUUUCCGGGUUUGGUGUUGCCGUGGGAAGGCGUGUGUCGCGGAGACUAGUUGGAAAUGACGGGAGCUGAAACCGGAUUCCUAAUCACAUAUCCAAACAAAACCACCGGGGCAUAAGGCACAGAGCUUCGACACUGCGAUUUAGGGUUGGGCUCGAUGGAGGUGAUCAGGAGCGCAGUGACUCCGCGUGCGCCGGCGCCGGUGAAGCGUGUGUCCGAGGUGGACUUCCGAUCAGGCACGGCGCUUGAGCAGCUGGCCUCGCACGUGCAGGAGCUCGUGCAGCUUGAGCAAGGCGAGUUUGGGGACCAGACUGCACUUGAGGUGCACACGGCCAAAGACUUCAUCUUCAACAUGCUGGGCCUGGUUCAGAAGGUGGACAAGAGGCUCCCGGUUGCAAAUGAAUACCUGCUAUUGUCAGGUGGUGCCAGGGAGGGCGUUCUUGAUCUGAACCCAGAGGAGCUGGGUGACUAUGUCAGAGGUGUGGAUUUUGACCUGGACUUCACCCUUCUGGUGCCUGCCCUUAAACUGCAUGACCGCAACCAGCCUGUAACUCUGGACAUGCGCCAGUCUCCACCGUGCCACUCCUGGCUCAGCUUGCGGCUUUGCGACCCAGCCAUGCUAGCCCGGUGGGGUAUCUGCUGCGAAGACGAACCGAACAUUCAGCGGCAGGAAAAUGGUGAAGAGGAAGAAGGCGGUUCCAUAUUGGGCUCGAUUCCCUCCCUCCAAUCUCCACAGUCCUUGGAUGGAUGUUACUUCUCACCCCUGCUGGUCACGGAGUGGUUCUGGAACGUAGUGGGCACAGCGGUGGAGGAGCUAAAGCGACACCCACAAAGAGGGAUUCCAGUUCCUGAUCGUGUGGAACGCAAUGGACCUUUGACCACACUGAUCCUUAAAGCAGGCACCAGCCGUGUCCUCUAUGAUCUCUUGCCCGUUGUGUCGUUUCGAGGCUGGCCAGCUGUAGCGCAAAGCUGGCUUACUACAAACCACUUCUGGGAUGGAAAGAUCACUGAGGAGGAGGCAAUUAGUGGGUUUUAUCUCUUGCCUUGCUGCUCCCCAACUGCUGGCUCGGCUUCCAGACCAGACCGUGAAUGGAGACUUGCCUUUUCUCGGAGCGAGGUCCAGUUGAAGAAGUGUGUGCCUUUUCCUAUGGCCGCAGCCUUCCAGGCAGCCAAAGCUGUUGUGUCCAGACUGUUGGCACGCCCUCGUACAGGUCUUAGCCUUUACCACCUGCGCACCCUACUUUUCUGGGCUUGUGACCGCUUACCUGCAGCCUAUUUGAGCUGUUCAGAGCAAGAGACGCCAGCCCGCCUGUUCCUGGGUCUCCUGGAUGACCUGGCACACUGUGUGCUUGGUAAAAACUGCCCCAAUUAUUUCCUCCCUCAGUACAACAUGUUGGAACAUCUUACUGAUAACGCAGCCCUACUGGUGGCCCGGAAACUAGCCCACUUGCGCUCGGAUCCAGCUGAACAUUUGCGUGCGGCACUGGAGCAAGCUCGGCAGGCAUGCCAGCUGAAACGGGAAGCUGCUGGGACGAGUAAUGGGCACGGAGCAUCAUCGCCAAGCUCCGGCCCUUCCAAAGCCACCUCCCCGCAAGAUGACCGUCUAGCCCAGAGACUGCAGCAGCUGGUUACGGAAAACCCCGGCAAGUCUAUUUCGGUCUUCCUCAACCCAGACGACGUGACAAGACCGCACUUCCGCAUUGAUGAUAAGUUCUACUGAAAUGGUGGAGCCCCAGCAAGAGCACUACACACUGCCUGAGGAAAAAGUAAUGCCCCUCCUUCUUCCUUAGCUACUGAGGUAAAGCUAAUAUUCAAAGUUAAGAGCACACACACACACACACACACACACACACACACACACACACACACACACACUCCUUCACUGUGCAUUGUGCUGUUCUGUAUUAAACCCCUCACAUGCAGGCUGGGCACAAUCAGCGAUGUAUUUUGGCCAACGCUACAGUCUACAAGCCAGCUCUGCGAAAUAUGAUUAAGCUGCUACUAGAGAGACCAUCUGUCCCAAAUCAAGUCUGCUGUCAGCUACAUGGCCGUGCUACCAAAAGAAAUCCAAAUCACCAAAUGGAGGAAGGCACAAGAGCGGCUGUUUUUGGAUCUUGCGUGCCAUUUGAUGAGAGGCCUUGAAGCUGUACUGCUCAGUGAAAUCUUAAUCCUGCAACCUGAAUUGGAUUAUAAUAUCUUGCACAGCUUGAAACAAUAGUUCAGUUAAGGGAUUUUAAAUCCUGCAACAUACUGCUGAGGAUCUUUUUUUUUUUUUUUUAAAUUCUGUUAUACACUGGUAAGCAGGAAGGUGGGCAAUGAUCUAAGCCAAGGUACAUUUCAAAGCACUGGAUGUUGAAUGUCUUUAUUGCGAAGGAGUAUAUGAUGGACUUUAACACUGAAUAUGAUUUUCUCCACUCCUCUAUUUUAUCUCUUACUCAUCUCGUUCUCUUUCUCAGGUACUUUUUGUUGCGAAGAUGAAGGCAUUUCCAGUGUGUAUGGUAUUGCCUCUGUGCCUCCUACUAUUUUAUGUGUCUCAAAUGACCGACAACAGUUGAAACACAGCCUUAGGGCUUGGAAAUCAUGAUGGCUAGGUAAUAAGAGAGAGGUUGAGAUAAAGGUCUAGCGACUCUCCAGUGCAUUACUUUAAGUCAGCCUGUCUUACACAAGACUAGACUGAGCCCCAUGACUGCACUAAAGCUAUAUUUAGGAACAGCCACGGGUCUGAAUCUUUUCAGAACUUGAGAUUUUUACAACAGAAUAAGGACUUCGGUGCAUUACUGACACAUUUUUGUUGUUUACUUGCAUUCAAUACAUUUAAAUCAAGAGCAAAAUUCUGCCCGUGGCACAAAUCAAGAAGCUCUAAAGCCGACUACUCUGAUGAAGAAACGUCAAUACGUCUGCCUGUCAAAAUAUUAUUUCAUUAAAUUUAAUAACGUGUCCUAUAAUUGUUUGAUGAUGUUUGAUGGUUUAGCUUUUGACCUUGAUUUGCUGAUUUGCUCUCAGCUUGGUGCUUGAUUAUACUGUAAUCUCUACAAUAUGGAUAUACGAUCGUACAUUUCUUGCUCAUAUUUUUUUGUUUGCUACCAAAACGGUGAGUAUGUUUGUGUGUGAGUGCAAGAAAGCACGUAAAUACAGAAGCUCCUGUUAAAUAUGUUUUGAAUUACUCUGUAAAAUUUGUUUCGUUUCAUCAGCUCAGCUCAUUAUGAUAAUAGCGAGAGAGGGUGAUAAUAGUAUGCAAGCUUGCUCCAAAAGAUCUGCAGAGAAAUUUUGUUUGUGUGUGUGGUAUCAGGUCAGAUCUUUGCUUCACAGAUGUGCUGCGGUUGCUCUGGGAUGGAUGGAGGGAUGUAGUGAGAGUCUGCAGCAGUCUCCACUGGCAGAUUAGCCAGAAGUGAUGGAGCACCUGGGAGUUCAGACAGCUGCGUCUCUCUCUCUCUCUCUCUCGCUCUCUCGCUCUUGUCAUGUCUGACUCAUCCUCUUUUCUAUCUUUUAUCCAGCUCCCUCCAUCAUAGCACAGUUUUUCUUUAGUUCCGAGUUCGACACGUCCCAAAAUGUAUCCAGAAAGCAGAAGUCUUGAACGAUGUGUGCUGUAAAACAGGCUUGUUGUGAUUGUCUGCUCUUUUUUUUUCCCUUUUUUUUUUUUUUUUUUGAAUAGCUGUAAAUUGCUUGUACGUGUGAUAGAUUUGAUAGGUUGAUGUCAUGCACUUCAGAGAUGAAGGGAUAGACUGAAAGCGCACGAGUGUCAUAUACACUAAAAAAAAAAAAAAAAAAACAAGCCAAAGGACGAAUUUAGAUCAUGCUCGGAUACUGCAGAACGUAACGGAUGUAAUGUGUUGCUUAAACAUACUCUUUUAAAUAGGCUUGAACCAUGUACACUAUUUAUAUAAGUGUUUUAAAUAAUUUCAGAGCGUUAACGUAUGUGUGUUCUUCGAAAUUUGAUCACUAUACCAUACAAUGCCUAAUGUAUGAACAAUCGUCCUAUGCAAUUUUGCUGUGUGUGUCGGGAGCAUAUCUGUUUUAGUGAAAUAUGAGCCCUUGCCCUGGCUGCGGUAAUCAACAAGAACAUUUCAAUACAGUGGAAAAUGAUCGCAGUGGCACAAAUCGAACAGUUACCGCCUCAGGGGAUGACAGGAUGUUCUAAUAGCCACAAUUUGGAUGUGAUAACUUUUACAAAAACCAAAGCAUAGAACCAUCGCUACUUUCCCUUGUAUUUGCAGUCAUUUCGAGUUUACGAAGCAGGGCUGUAAUUUUAUCAUACAGGCAGUUAUUAAAGUGAAUUUACAGAGCUGUGGUUGUAAUGUGAGGGAGUGAACAACGAUAACGAAUGUAUACUCGUUUUAUGUUCAAAAUUACUUUUUCAUUUCAAUGAAUCCGGAUCGGAAACAAGACUAAAAUGAAAUUGUGCAGUGAUAUGUAAAGGAGUUUAUAUUGUGUAUAUUUCUUGUACCAAAUGAUUUACUGAUUUGUGUAUGUGUUUUGCUGUAAUGCACUAAAGGCAUUUUGGUUGUUUUAUUAUUUAUCAUUUGAAUCAUGUGCGAUGCUGUUAAUCGUAGCAUGAAAUAAACAUCAUUACAUAAUGAAAA